ACCGUUAUUUACUCAGCAGCCCCUUAACAAAAAUUUCCUCUUUUGGCAUGUGUUUAUCAUUUUCGAAAAAAAUAAGAAACGAAAGUAAAUUUGAUAAUACUAAGCAUUUUAUCCAACGUAUUCUAUAACCAGAAACUUACCGUUAUCGUCUACAUAACCUCCAGUACCUCCAUCAUCAGUACACCAUCAAGUUUACACCAGGCGCAUGUGCCUCCCAUUCCCCAAAUUAAAUUAAUUCUUCAAAUGUCAAAACAUAGUAAAGUGAAAUAAAUCCCCUUAAAGGAUAUAAGUCAACAUCAACUACGCACAGUUGCUGUAGAGGAGGGAGGAUUUGCAGGAGCUGCGAAAUUGGACCACUAUCAUGUUCCUAAAAGAACUAUCGCGCUUUUUCACACAAAAUCGUACAUUCUACUGUUACCUGAUCCUGAGCGUUUGGAUUUUCCUUCUAAUAGCGGGAAUGUAUAAAUAUAUAGGAAUUACAAAUCCAGGAAACUCAUUGAAUUUCUUGAAUACAAAACAAAUGUAUGCUGCCCUGAGCCCAGCGGACGAAAGUUUAAAAUUGAAACGUUAUAAACAGUAUUGCACGCCUGUGGAUAGUUUAGUUCGUAAGGAUGAUGGUGGCUUAUUGGAGGGAUGGAAACUGCAGGGUGUGCUGCUUGUUAUCAGGCAUGGUGAUCGCGGUCCAAUGUCGCAUGUGAAAGGAAUAUCCUCGAUUAACUGCGGGACAGAGAAUGAUAGUUUAUUGAGUCGCUACAAAACCUUUCUCCAGAAUGUAACCAGUCCUUCGAGUUCGAACCACAUGUAUUGGAAUAAAAUUGGCCCAUUCCAUGGAUUUGCUUUACUCCCUCCGAACGAAAAAUCAUGUCUUCUGAUGCAACUAACGUAUAAAGGCAUCUCUCAGCUCCUUCAUAUCGGCGAGAUAUUUCAUCAGGUUUAUGCACAUCCACUUGGUCUUCUCCACAAGCCUCAAUCUACAUCAUCAAAAUCUACAAUUAACUCCACGCCUCACGCUUACCUCAACUCAGAUGAAGUUGUUGUCUAUACAACUCGUUACAGGAGAACCUUCCAAUCAGCUAUGGCACUACUCUACACAUUCCUACCAACCGAGAAGUGGAUUUCCUUAAAUAUUCGAGAAUCUCACAGUAUGUCAUUUUGCUUUUCUGAUUGUGCCUGCCCAGAAGUUGAUGAACUUCGAAAGAGAAGUUCCAGAUUUGUUAAAACCCAGCUAUCUCAGCAUUCUGUUGUGUCAGCUGUUGUACAAUGGCUUGGGCAGCUGUUACUACAUCACACAUCGAAUGGAAUGACCAGUGCUUAUGAUGUUAGAGAUGCUGUCCUAGCGUUAUUAUGUCACGAUGCACCUCUUCCAUGCAAAAAAUCCAAGUCAAAGGAUGCCAAAAGUCCUAUAACCAUAUCACCUCCUACUACCUUAGAUUUAAGUGAUGUUAUAAAUAUAGACCAGGAAGAUACUGCUGGAAAUGUUAUACAAGGAUCGGACACUAUGGACCGUGAAGAGGGUGAAUCACAAAGCGAAGGAUGCAUUGAAAAUAGUCAUAUAUCUGCGUUGAUGUCCUUUACAAACUGGCUAUCUGGCAAAGAAGCUCGCCAAAAAUAUUACAAACGAACAGGACUCCUGCGCGCCUAUGGACUAAUUCGUCAUAUUGUUGGAUACAUGCUUAAGAUGAUCUCAGGCGACCGGACCAAAUUCGUACUGUAUUCGGGCCACGACUGGACAAUGCAAUUUCUAACAGCAGCGUUCGGAAUCCACACGGAAACUACUUUUAUUCCUUAUGCAUCGCGAAUGGCCUUUGAAGUAUAUAAAAGCGAAAGCCAUACAGAAUAUUAUUUUCGUGUGAUUUAUAAUGGUCGCGACGUCACACAACAAAUUGAUUUUUGUGAAGGCGGAAAGAGUUUAAGGGUAAGUCGUGAUAGUCGAGGUAAUAAGGCGGAUUUAUGCCCAAUAGAAAAUAUUAUUAGAUUUAUCCAUGAUGAUUACUUUGGCCCACUGAACGCAACGAAUUUCAAAGAUGCAUGUACUAUACAAUCGUUCAGUGAGUUUUGAAAAUAAUUAUUUUGAGUAGGAAAAGAUUCCUUGGCAUUUAAUUUGUAUUGACUUUUUAGUGCAUUUUUCUAAUCAGACUGUCUGUGUAUUGUUUAAAUGCUCUAAUGUGUUAAAUGAUCAUUUUUCUCCUAAGCAUAUUAGUAUGCGUAAAUUGAAUAUGUCUUGCUAAAGUUAAACCCCCGGAAAAUCCUCCCCCUUCACACGUGCUUGCCUCUGUGUAAUUCUUCACUUUUUGUUAUUUUCUAUAAUUAUGUUUGAAACAAAAAUGUAAAUUUUUUUGCGCAUCGAAUUGGUUCUCAUUGCUGAUGUGCCCUAUUGCGUUUAUCCAUGAAUACAACCAAUCCUUUUCGACUCAAAUGUGUAAAGGGCGGAGAGCUGACAUUUUUGUAAAACUUAGUCAACCAUCAUUUUUUUUUUGCUUGAUUGUGCUGGUAACAAUUUAAGAGAUACCCUUUUUCGAUAGCCUUUUCUAGCCUUCUCACCAGUAAGAUUUGAUUCGUCUUUUUCGUUUUAUUUGAUCUUAAAAAUCAAAGAAGUUUAAACUAUUCGGGUUAGGUUUGAUCCUUAAUUAAUUGAAACAUAAACAUAUCUAGUUGGCAUCAAAAGGCAAUAUCUACAGUAUUCUUCAAACUGCCCUGCUUUGAUGUUACUUUAGCAUUUGUCUACGAUGUCUAAUAAUAUGAUAAUAAUCGUUGUCGUGACAAUUCAUAUUGAAUCAGGGCCUUGAAUUGUGUUAGAGCCCUUCAUUCAAGACCGUGUACCUUUACAAUACAUUGCAGGAGGCAAUGU